AAUACCCGUAUGUCGGCCUUUUUUUCCUAGUUGAAGAUGGCCGAGGGUGAUAAGAAGAAGGUUGCCCGCAAAAAGCAUGGCAGCCGUAACCCCGUCCUGGCACGGGGCAUCGGCCGCUACUCCCGCUCUGCCAUGUUUGCCCGCCGUGCCAUGUACAAGAGGAAGACCAAGGCACCCGUGACCAAGAUUGAGAAGAAGCUGAAGGAGAGGGCACCCACCACAGUCACCAAAACUGUCGGCGGAGACAAAAACGGAGGCACUCGUGUGGUCCAGCUUCGCAAGAUGCCCCGGUACUACCCCACAGAGGACGUCCCCCUGAAGCUGCGCAGCCACGGGAAGAAACCCUUCAGUCAGCACAGAAGGAAACUGCGCUCCUCCAUCACCCCUGGCACCGUGCUCAUCCUGCUGACCGGACGCCACCGCGGAAAGCGCGUGGUCUUCCUCAAGCAGCUGUCUAGCGGCCUCCUGCUGGUCACCGGUCCACUGGCGAUAAACAGAGUACCUCUGCGUAGAGCUCACCAGAAGUUCGUCAUCGCAACAGCCACCAAGGUGGACAUCUCCAGCAUGAAGAUCCCCAAGAACCUGACCGACGCUUACUUCAAGAAGAAGAAGCUGAGGAGACCCAAGCACCAGGAGGGAGAGAUCUUCGACACCGAGAAAGAGAAAUACCAGUUGACAGAGCAGCGUAAGGAGGACCAGAAGACAGUGGACUCCCAGCUCCUCCCCCUCAUUAAGAAGGUCCCUCAGCUCAAGGGUUACCUCCGCUCCAUGUUCUCUCUGGGUAAUGGAGUUUACCCCCACAAACUGGUUUUCUAAAGAAAAUAUAAUAAAAACGACACUUUAAGUCCACCUA